CACACACACCCACACUCCCGGGGUGCGUGUGAAAACUCCGGGGCCUGGUAGGGCUGGUCCCCCAGUGGCUCGCGGCAGGAGGGAACGCGCGGCGUGGACGGCAGUACGCCCCGGGCCGUGGGGCAGGGUCCCCUGGGCGGCGCGCCCCCCUCACCCGCGGCGCCGGCGCUUCCUCGCGGCCCCUCUCUCCCCCAGUUCCUGAUGACCACCAACUCCCUGAGCACGUGCUGCGAGUCCGGCGGCCGCACGCUGGCCGACUCGGGGCCCGCCGCCUCGGCCCAGGCGCCCGUCUACUGCCCGGUCUACGAGAGCCGGCUGCUGGCCACCGCGCGCCACGAGCUCAACUCGGCCGCGGCGCUUGGGGUGUACGGGGGCCCGUACGGCGGCUCGCAGGGCUACGGCAACUACGUGACCUACGGCUCCGAGGCGUCCGCCUUCUACUCGCUGAAUGGCUUCGACUCCAAGGACGCGCCGGGAUCUGCGCAUGCGGGCCUCGCGCCUGCUGCGGCCGCCGCCUACUACCCCUACGAGCCGGCGCUGGGCCAGUACCCCUACGACAGGUACGGGACCAUGGACAGCGGCACGCGGCGGAAGAACGCCACGCGCGAGACCACCAGCACGCUCAAGGCCUGGCUGCAGGAGCACCGCAAGAACCCGUACCCCACCAAGGGCGAGAAGAUCAUGCUGGCCAUCAUCACCAAGAUGACCCUCACGCAGGUGUCCACCUGGUUCGCCAACGCGCGCCGGCGCCUCAAGAAGGAGAACAAGAUGACGUGGCCCCCGAGGAACAAAUGCGCGGAUGAGAAGCGACCCUACGCGGAGGGCGAGGAGGAAGAGGGGGGCGAAGAGGAAGCCAGGGAGGAGCCCCUCAAGAGCACCAAGAAUGAAGAGAUGGUGGGCAAAGGGGAGAAGGAUCUAGAACUCACAGACUUGGAGGAUUUCGACCCGCUGGAGGCGGAGCCCCCUGAGUGCGAGCUGAAACCGCCCUUCCAGCCCCUGGACGGCGGUCUGGAGCGCAUCCCCGCCGCGCCUGACGGUCCAAGCGCCCCGGGAAAGGAGGCUUCCGGCACCCUCCGGAUGCCCCUGGCCGCCGGUGGCGCGGCCGCCCUGGACCAGGACCUGGAGAGGGCCAGAAGCUGCCUCCGGAGCGCGGCCGCUGCGCCCGAGCAGCAGCCUGGCGCUGGGGGCGGCUCGCAGGCCUGCGAGGCCAAGCUGGGCUUUGCGCCGGCUGGGGCGACGGCGGGCCUCGAGGCCAAGCCGCGCAUCUGGUCGCUGGCUCACACGGCUACCGCGGCCGCCACAGCCCUGAGCCAGACUGAGUUCCCCUCGUGCAUGCUGAAGCGCCAAGGCUCCGCUGCCCCUGCGGCCGCUUCCUUGGCUCCUGCGUCGUCCUCGCCUGCGGCCCCGGCCCCCACUGGUGCCCUGGACAGGCACCAGGACUCCCCGGUAACCAGUCUCAGAAACUGGGUGGAUGGGGUCUUUCACGACCCUAUCCUCAGGCACAGCACUUUGAACCAGGCCUGGGCCACCGCCAAGGGCGCCCUCCUGGACCCAGGACCGCUGGGACGCUCUCUGGGGGCAGGUGCCAACGUGCUGACGACGCCCCUGGCGCGCGCUUUCCCGCCCGCCGCGCCCCACGACGCCCCGACCGCAGGCUCAGCCAAGGAGCUGCUGGCGGCGCCCAAGGCCGGGGGCAAGCCCUUUUGCGCCUAACGGGCCCCGCCCCGCGCGGAGGAGGAGCAGGCGGGGAGCCGGCCUGCUGCGCGUCGCAGACUCUGUUUCUACGGAGUUUCCAAAGCAGGACGGGAGCGCGUCCAAGUGCAGGCAGCCCACCCGCCGUGGGGGGACCGGCCGGACUCGGCCCUCCCGGCCACAGACCCCGCCUGGACAAGCACUGGUCCGGGCCGUUUCCGACCUCCGCCCCGGGCCCCAGCCGGGUAGGGACGCUCCCAGAGCAGAAGGGAGCCGCCCCGGAGCCUAAAGUUUACGUCCCAAAGUUUACACGGACCAGACAUUUCAGCUCUGAGGCUUAGUUUUGCUGCCUCCUCCCGGGUUUGAGGCAUCCUUGCUCCUUCCGAAGACCCCUCAGCCCGCUGACCCGCGUCGUCCUCAGCACACCUUCCAGCAACCGCACUCCCACCUGUUUACACUGUUGCAC